UCCCCCGUUCACAGAGAGCGAAACAAACAUGGCGAUAGACUCGAGUGGAUGGGGGUUUACGCUAACUUUACUCGUCUUUUCUUGUGUUUUUGCGGGCAGUCAAGCCGAGGCGGCGCUUUCGGAGUCAAGGGGCAACACACGGAUACUCGGCAUGAGGCUGGAGAAGAGCGACACGCCGGCCGAGACCACCGAGAGUGGGGUUAUUCAGGUGACCGAGGGCAGCGACACCCUCUUCAGGUUCUACGGGCUCCACUUGUUCCCGAACAGCUCGAAGCUCAUCGGGUUCACGGAACUUUACUCCAGUGAUAAAGAGGAUGAUAGUUUGGGCGCAAUCGCGGUCCCCAUCAAUAGUACUUGUCCCGAAAUCACGAAGGAUAUCGCAGUGACGGGGUCCAUGGAAGUAAGCAACUUCAACACCUCCGGGGUGGUCAACCUCAAGAUCAAGCAGCUCCGAAAGAGCGAGGUGGUGAAGGUGUUCGGCUUGUGCGUCCGGGACAAGGAGGAGAAGGAGACGACGUGGUACCUGCUGGACGAGAAGGACGGCAGACUCCGGGUGGUGGAGGAGAAGAAGUCCUUGUUGCCCAUCUGGCUGCAGGUGAUUCUCAUCUGCUUCCUGCUUGUGCUGUCCGGCAUGUUCAGCGGGCUCAACCUGGGGCUGAUGGCCCUGGACCCGAUGGAGCUCCGCAUCGUGCAGAGCUGCGGCACCGAGAAGGAAAAGAAGUACGCGCGGAAGAUCGAGCCCAUCCGCAGGAAGGGUAACUACUUGCUGUGCUCGCUGCUUCUCGGAAACGUCCUGGUCAACACCACCCUCACCAUCCUCCUGGACGACCUCACCAAGUCCGGGGUCGGCGCCGUGGUCGCCUCCACGGUGGGCAUCGUUAUUUUCGGCGAGAUCGUCCCGCAGGCGCUGUGCUCCCGGCACGGUCUGGCAGUUGGGGCCAACACCAUCCUCGUCACCAAGCUGUUCAUGCUGUUGACUUUCCCUCUGUCGUGGCCCAUCAGUAAGAUCCUCGACUGCGUCCUGGGCCAGGAGAUCGGCACCGUGUACAACCGGGAGAAGCUGGUGGAGAUGCUGAAAGUCACCGAGCCAUACAACGACCUGGUGAAGGAGGAGCUCAACAUGAUCCAAGGCGCGCUGGAGCUCAGGACCAAGACAGUGGAGGAUGUCAUGACCCCGAUCGGCAACUGCUUCAUGAUCCACAGCGACGCCGUGUUGGACUUCAACACCAUGUCCGAGAUCAUGGAGAGCGGAUACACGAGGAUACCCGUGUAUGAGGACGAGCGGUCCAACAUCGUGGACAUCCUGUUUGUCAAGGACCUGGCCUUCGUGGACCCGGACGACUGCACCACGCUCAAGACCAUCACCAAGUUCUACAACCAUCCGGUCCACUUCGUCUUCCACGACACCAAGCUGGACUCCAUGCUGGAGGAGUUCAAGAAAGGAAAAUCCCACCUGGCCAUCGUCCAGAAGGUGAACAACGAGGGGGAGGGAGAUCCUUUCUACGAGGUGUUGGGGUUGGUCACCCUGGAGGACGUGAUCGAGGAGAUCAUAAAGUCAGAGAUUCUGGAUGAAUCAGACCUUUACACUGAUAACCGCACCAGGAAAAAGGUGGCGCCCAAUAAGAAUAAGAGAGACUUCUCUGCCUUCAAACAUGAAAGCGAAUCGAAAGUGAAGGUCUCGCCUCAGCUGCUGCUGGCCGCCCAUCGCUUCCUGGCGACAGAGGUGAGCUUGUUCAGCCCGUCUCAGAUCUCAGACAAGGUGCUGCUGCGAAUCCUGCGCCACCCUGACGUGAUCCAGGAAAUCAAGUUCAAUGAAAGCGACAAGCGCUCGGCCCAUCACUACGUCUACCAGAGGGGGAAGCCCGUCGACUACUUCGUUCUCAUCCUGCAGGGUCGAGUGGAGGUGGAGGCCGGCAACGAGAACAUGAAGUUUGAGACCGGACCUUUCUCAUUCUAUGGUGUGAUGGCGCUCAGUGCCCCCACGCUGGAGUUUCGUUCGCCGUCCCACCUCAGCGGGCUGAACCGCACGGCCUCUCUUAGCGGAGCCGACCGGACAGAUUCGCUCUCCAUCAGCGGCAGCAACAGCCAGCUCAACAACAGCAUCCCCUCGCAGCAGUACACACCCGACUUCUACGUCCGAGCGCUCACCGACCUGCAGUUCGUCAAGAUCACACGGGCCCAGUACCAGAACGGCCUGAUGGCGUCUCGUCUGGACAGCACGCCCCAGUCCCCGGAGAGCGGCCACAACAUGGCUCGCCUGGAUCAGACCACUCCCCCCGUCAACACCACCAUCACGGACAUGGGAGCGGACUCCACCCCGACGGAGAACGGUCCAGACGAGACGACGCUUCUCCUCCUCAACGAGCAGAACUCACCGCACACAGCCAACCACCACAGCCAAUUGGAAAACAGCAUUUGACCCCCCCGACCCUUCCCUCCAUACUCUGUUUGCACGCAUGCACUACUACGCUCGAAUGUAUGCUGAGUGGGGGAGGAACGUGUGUGUGUGUGUGUGUGUGUGUGUGUGUGUGUGAGAGAGAGAGUGUAGGGAUGCAGACACAUGCCUUGGCACAGCUGGCAAGGCAUAGAGAGACAAGCCAUGUGCAUGCAUAUUGUAUAAAUAUGCAAGGAUUAACCAAACAGACACACACACACGUAGACAUACCAAAGUAUAUUGUGGGAACUUGCCACACCCAAUUUUCAAUCAUAAACAGACUCAACACAACACUCAUCCAAGGUAGUUCAUCACCUGAAAGGAGUAUCUGUAUCUGUAUCUCUGUGUGUGUGUGUGUGUGUGUGUGUGUGUGUGUGUGUGUGUGCGUGCGUGCGCGCGUGCGUGCAUGCACAUGCUCCUUAAUGUAUUAACUGAUGACAAAGAUCUGAAGGACCUGAUUGUCUGGACCAGAAAGCUCCUCCCUCUCUCGCCCAUCAACGUUAUCGGCAAACAGAGGCGAGUUACUUCCUCUGUGUGUGUGUGUGUGUGUCUCUGUGUGUUUUUAUAUGUGCGUGCGUGUGUGCGUGUGUGCUUCCAAUUCACUGUCCCUAAUCAAAGACUCAGGGAGACUCCGCCCUCCCCCUCCCCCUUCCACGGCCUCUUCGCCGACGUACAUACAUGCAACUGUGGUCCAAAGCCGCGAACCAACCCCCCCGCCGCAUGUGUAGCAGCCUGCCUCCCCUCCUCGCCAUCCAUACAGCUAGAAGACAAAGACGACCCGAGCAUGUCAGCAGAGUUCAAACAAAGUAAUAUAUGUUCCGUAGAAAUUUAUAGCCAGAUAUUUAUUGAUGAAUUCAGUGUGAGACGGACACACGAGACUCCUACUGACUCUUUUGUUGGGGGGAGGGUUUGGGGUGGACUCGAUAUAUAUAAAUAUAUAAAUAUAUUUUUCCUUCUUGUUUCCUUGAUAGAAGCAGUAAGUAGCCCAGAGCCUUCAUCCCAGAGUUGUUAAGAGAUUUAGCAGCGAUAGACAGCCAGUCUGUAUCGUGAUUAAGACAAUCAAUAUGAUCGUUAUGAAUGUGUUAAAUUAAAUGUGUAGGGUACGUUAACUGUGGCCACCCAGCUCUCAAACGGCCUCCCCUCUGUGAACCCCCCCAGUUUCACAUGACUCGGGUCAUGUGGGAGACGUUCGAGAGCGCUGAGACGUGGCGACUCCUUUCCUACUUUCUAAGCGAGGGUGGAUCGUGCGUGUGAGUGUUUGUGCUUGUAUGUGACCAAAAAGGCCAUCACCAGACUCGGUGGGAACAUAAACCAAAAGAGGGAAGCUUGAUCACAUUCUGAUGAGAAAGUAGUUAUAGAAAUCGGAGACCUUAUUUAUUGAGUUCGAUGUGUGCGCGUGUGUGUAUAUAUUAUUGUCAACGUAGGAGGGACAAGAAAUGUGACUUUGCCUCGUUGUGAGAUUUUACCUGUUUAGUGAUCCUUUGCAUUUAGUGGUUAUGUUCGGGUUUUCUUUUCGUAAAUCAGACAACAUUUAUUGUUGUUUGUAUUUGUGCAGCCAAACACACAUCGCUCAGCCAAAUUUUGUCAGUUUUAUGCGAAACAAUGUUAUGUAUAUUUUCUGAUUAUCACAAUGCACACACUCCAGUUACAUUUUACUGUACUCUGUGAGAAGGAUUUGAAGGAAAAUCUUUCCUCAAACUCACAUUUUGUGUCUUGUGACAGAUUCUUCGUAACUUGACUUCCAGCAGACCCACAGUGCUGUUUCAUACAUUUUAUUUUAUUUUUUACAUGAAAAGUAAAUGACACAUCAGAUUUUUUAAAGGGACAGUUCAUCCCAAAAUCUUUUUUUUACCCUCAUACCUGUUGUGCUGUAUAUUGCUGAGUUCUGGAGAUAUCGCCAAAACUUUGAAAAACUCAACAACAACAUGCCUCUUUCCAGAAAUCAUGAGCCAGUUACUCAAGAUUAUCCACGUGCGCAGAAGGAAGCGUGCAGGUAGGAGAGGCUGGCGUCAUCCUGGGCUGAGCUGUAGCGUUAGCUAUCACAAUGGAUUUACACUAAGGUUAGGGGAGUAAAUACACUCUUCCUUCUGUGCAGUGAUACAAUUGGUGGGAGUAGUUUGUUUGAAAGUAAAUAGUUCCUGCAUGAAAACUGCUCAUAGCAAGAACAAUGGUGUAUCUUGAGUAACCGGGGCAUGAUUGGAUGGAUUAUUAAACUGCACUACAGGUAAGAGGGGGGGAAGAAAAUUUUGAUUUUGGGAUGAACUGUCCCUUUAAAACCAAAGAGGAAGGGCUGCUGUCUACUCUUGUUAAUUCUGCAAAGAUGUCGCAUAGCGAUACAUCCGCGUACAGAUUGGUUUCCACACUAACAGCUACAUGUACCAGAAUGCAAUGCAGCCACAUGAAAAGUUGUGUUUUUAGUAAGCAUUGCUCUCUCUUUUUUCUCUCGUCUGUGCUGUCAAUAUCGCUUACAUGUUUUGUCCCCUUACUGAGCAUAGAUCACAGGUGAAUCCAGCAGGUCCCAUCUGCUCUCCACAUGUUGUGAAAAGGGAUUCUGGGAAACGUAGGACAUCAGGAGUAGGAGUUACACACUAAAGGGAAGUGUGUACAUUAAAAAUAAUUUUAACAGCCUAUUUCAGAAGGCACUGAUCAUCUCAAAUUGCUGAUUUUUGAGUUUUCCUGGUGGAUACUUCUCUUUAAUGUUGCUGCUUUCCUGAGAUCAACAGCAUCGUCAAACACAACCAAAACUGUCCUGAAAGAAGAAAUAGAAGAUAUACAAAGCACUUUUCCUUCCGUUUUUCAGUGUGAAUCUGAAACCAAAACUUAACAAAAUUAUUUCAUUUCUGCUUUCAAAUGAAUUGGAAUGACACGUUGUGGGUUUUGUAAUUGGGAAAGCUUCAAUGUCACAAAUGUUUUGGAAAAGAACAGGAAAAUUCACUCAGUCUAAUGUUAAGUCUGUAAAUUCCAGACCGCUCUGCAGCUGCAGCUCAUGGAAAUAUUUGUAAUCUCUUCAGAAUUCGUUUGCAUUUUGAGGGUUUUGUGUCAUAUCAACACGUCAAUAGCUUUUGAAGCAGCCUGUCUCUUCAUGUCACGUGUUAGAAGAAGCGAACACUUUCUGCCCUAAACACUAAUGAUUAGACGUGUUUUAUGGGCUGAUGCAUUGUGGGUCGGAGCUGUCCUGGUGUGUUGUCUUUGCAACAGAAUGCCAACGGUUUAUCUCCAGGUUGCUUUGCCGGUUAGCAUGGAGGUUGUGUUAUAUUACAUCCAGUUUAUGAAACAGUCUACUUGUCAUGUAGGCUGUGUGACUCUUUGAGCUCGUGUCACACCGCGGUGCAACACAGUGUGCCUCACGCUGCCUUAAAAACACUUCAGUUUGGGUCUGGUGUCCCGUCUGCCUCUCAGUUUAAUACAUUGUGGUACUGUUCAGUUUAUUUUGUUAAUUGGAAAAUGUUCACAGUUACACUAAUCACAUUUCAAUGCGAGUUUCACAACACUAAAAUGAUGACAAUGUGGAUUUUUAGUCAUAUUAUUGGUUGAGUUUAAACGUCAGUGAGUGAAGCGAUGCUGAUUCUAAGUUAGCUUGCUAGCAAAGAUGAAAAUCUGGUAUAAUAGAAAUAAAAUACGCCCUUUCUACACGCUGGUGUUUUGGAAUCCAUGAUAGUUACGCCGUUUUACCAAUUAUCUACUAUGUGACUCGACUAGUCGCUAAAGCUUAAAUGCUUAAGUUGGUAAAGCUAAUCUGAAAUUGGAACAUUGGCUAAGCUAGCUAGCUAACAUCUGGAGCCACUCGCGACACUUUAUUUUCGUUCAGAGGGUUUCUCUCAUUUUGUAAAGUAGCAACAUUUCUCCGGGGUUGAAUAUUCAUAUUCGUGUGUCCUAAAGAUAAAUGUGCAUCUACAGUCCUGGGUGGUAAAGCUUGAGCACAACAGCAUUUUGAGAUAAACUUAUUUUGUUAGCACUAGCUCACAAAGCGAUCCCAACAGAUUUUUUUUUCUUAAAUCUGUUAUCCAGCAGCAGCCUUAUAUCUUAAAGUGUGUUUUUGUGAUCCUGCACACGUUCCCCAACAUUUGCACUACCUUGUUCCCGGUGCGGUCCGUGGAAACACUGGUUUCUCCUCUGAGAAACAGUGUGUCGUUUCAGGCAGACUGUGGACGUCUGUGGGCUCACGAAGACACCACCUGCCGCUGUUUUACUAUCACGCUCAUGUUAGGAACGCUUCAUCCCUCGGUCAUUGAGAAAUGCAUGGAAGGUCGCAAAUGGUCAAGCUUGCUUGCACAAUCAUGGGAUAUGUUGUUGUUGAAUGCUGACAAAAUGAUUCGUUUCUGAAAGGGAGUAGAUGGCCAUUAAUCGUAAAUUAAUCUUUCGUUCUUUCCACCCACUGAUGUUACACUCAACCAGUCUCCUCUGCAAACAGCAGCUCUGCCGCUGAGAAGUGUGUCUGUUUCUAUCGUUUAAUGCUCCCGCUGUUCUGCAUUCUGGGAGUAAAGGAAAAGUUCACAGUUCAGACUCCUCCAUCAGUAAAAAUAGAAGCACUUUAGCAAAGGAAGGCAGUAUUUUCCCAAAAGACAGAAAUCAGUAGUUUUGUUGCAAUUCUGUUACUGACCAGGGUGUCAUAAUCAUUUGUCGCUGAGUCAUUUAUGUGACACUGUGUUUUUUUUUUCCAUGCAGCUGUCAUGUCUUUCACAGAAACUUAAUCACCGUUCUGUUGCCUUCGCUAAUCUUUUAAUGACUGUGCUGGAUUUCUUUAUUUUUUUUUUAUUUUUUAUUUUUUGGACUCAUUCCUGGAUUAUUUCUGACAUACACACACACUCACACACACACACACACACUCACACUCCCAUUUCAAAGAACUGUUUUUUUGUUCAUUUUGUAGAUUUUGAUGGCUGAGAUUAUUGUCGAUUAUUGUUUUUGUUUGUGUGCGUGCCUCUGUACCCCACCUCUUUUAAAUUGUACUGGGUUUGGACUGAUUAUGUGUGUACGUAUGUGUGAAUGCCUGUGAAUCAAGUCUGGUUGUUUUUUUGUACCUCAGAACACUGUCAGUAAUUGUGGUAAAUUAAUCUUUUUUUAUUCGUCAUGGAAUUUGAUUUGGGAACAGGGCGAAUGGAGCGACUGGCGUUGGGGGAAGAAAUAAAGUGAUUGUCCUUCAUUCUCUCUGGCAUGCUGUAACUUAAAGAACAACAACAGAGAAACAAGGUGUAAAUAAUGUUUUAUAAUUUCUGUCUUUAUGAGUUUUCAAGAUGAAGAAAGUUAUUAAUAAACUUGAGAUAUAUUUCUC